AUGAUCUCCCAGCUCCUCACCGGCAUGAUAAUCCUCUCCUUCCUCCUAUUCGUACGUUCUCCCUCUUCCCUCCUACCAAUCCACCUCUACAUAUUAACAUUCGACCACUAACCCCCAGCUCCGCCUCCUCUCGGUAACCCCCUCCAUAACCCGCGCCGACCGCCCUCGAUCCCCUCCUGCGAUGAAGCCGCACAUCCUCUACCUCCUCGGCUCGGGCGGGCACACCACCGAAAUGCUCUCCCUAAUCUCCUCCUCCUGUUCCCUCUCCCGCGCCUCACGCUGCAAGCGCACAUACAUGAUAUCCCGCGGCGACGUGCUUUCCGCCAAAAAAGCUACCGCAUUCGAGUCCGCCUCUAACUCAUCCCCCGCCUCUUACGACAUCCUGGAGAUCCCGCGCGCUCGACUGGUUGGGCAGAGCUGGCUGAGCACCCCGUGGACCUGCGCCGCGUGCCUGGCCGGCUGUGUUCGUGUAUUCGCGCGGAUUGGCUUGCCGGAUGUGGUUGUUUGCAACGGGCCCGGGUCCGCGGUUGUGGUUGUUGGGGUUUGUUUCUUUUGUAAGGUUCGUUUCAAGCCACUAUUCCGAAUUGACUGGAUUGAACUGGUGCUGAUGAUGGCGCGUAGUUUCUCGGACUCUGCAGGACGAGGAUUAUCUACGUAGAAUCUUUUGCACGGGUUCGCUCGUUGUCGCUGUCCGGGAAAUUGCUGUAUGCGUUUACGGACAGGUUUGUCGUGCAGUGGCCUGGGCUUGCGGAGAAGUACCGCAGGGCGGAGUAUCAUGGGAUACUCAUUUGA